AACAAAGACUGAAAGCGAUUAGGGAGAACUUAACUAUAGUGUUCUUGAUGGCAAUCUCCUACUCUCCCUCGUCUCUAAGAUUUACUGUGAAGGAACAUGUUUUAUCAUUCCCUCAUGUUGAUGGUGGCAGAUUUAAUAACAAGAAGAAAAACUGUUGUUUGGUCUAUGCUUCUGCUCCAAGGUCAGAGAAAGAGCUUCUUCUUGAAUCAAAGGUUGGGCUAUUGGUAGACAGUGUCAAGUGGGAUGAUAAAGGUUUAGCGGUGGCAAUUGCUCAAAAUGUAGACACAGGAGCCAUUCUGAUGCAAGGCUUUGCAAAUAGGGCAGCCCUCGCUAAUACCAUUUCAUCACGGAAGGCAACAUUCUAUAGCCGGUCACGGUCAUCUUUAUGGACAAAGGGAGAGACAUCCAAGAACUUUAUAAAUGUCCAUGACAUCUUUCUUGAUUGCGAUCGUGACUCUAUAAUAUAUCUUGGGAAGCCUGAUUGUCCUACAUGCCACACGGGUUCAGAGACAUGCUAUUAUACAUCAGUGUGUGAUUUCUUGAAAGGUUCACUGGAUUUGAAAAAUAAGCUUUUGUCAACAACUUUAUACUCAUUGGAGUCCACAAUUUCCAUGCGUAAAGCAGAAGUAGGAGCAACUGAAAAUGAGAAGCCAUCAUGGACAAAACGGCUGUUGUAUGACAAGAAGUUGCUGUGCUCUAAAAUUCGGGAAGAGGCAGAUGAAUUAUGCCGAACAUUGGAGGAGAAUGAGGAUAAGUCGCGCUCGGCUGCAGAGAUGGCAGAUGUGCUAUAUCAUACCAUGGUGCUACUUGCAGUUAAAGAUGUAAGAAUGGAAGAGGUUCUUGAACUCCUUAGGCACAGAUUCUCUAAGUCAGGCAUUGAGGAAAAGAACAGUAGGAAAUCAGGUCAUUGAACCUGAGCACACAAUGGAGCACUGA